AUGUCACACGAGCAUGUUGAUUUCAUGGGAAACCAAUACCGUCCUCAAAACAAUCCCUACAGCAAUACUUAUAAUCCGGGGUGGAAGAAUCAUCCAAACUUUAGUUGGAAGCCCGAUGCUUCUAACCAGCAUCCACCAGGAUUUGCUCUACGUCCCACAGCUCCGACCCAUGGAGCAUAUGGUCCACCUCGUCCUCAGCAGCCGCCUCCUUCUAGUGAUCCUAGUGUGCAUGAUAUGCUUAGUCAAAUCUUAGCUGGUCAAAACACUCAAAAAGCGGAGAAUGAGAAGCGUUUUAGGGAAUAUGACGGUCGUUUCACGAGGCACGAGAGUGAGUUGAAAAGCCAAAAGGCUUCCAUGCAGGCCAUUGAGAACCAAGUUGGCCAGAUUGCCAAGAUGUUGUCAGCGAGACAACAGGGGGGCCUUCCGAGCAACACAGAGCCAAAUCCAAAUGCUACAGCAAAGGCAAUCACGUUGAGAAGCGGCAAGACCGCUCAAGCCAUCCCUCCGGCUGUUUCAGAAAAGCCAGUCGAUGACGAGGAGGUUGAUGAGGAGAUUGAGGCUGAGUCUCCGGGUGAGGUGCAACAGAGGCGAGUCCCAGCAAGUACCGCACGACCCAAGGAGCCAGUGAGAGAGUAUGUCCCUCCCGUUCCAUAUUCGGGGAGGUUGAAGAAGCAGAAAAUGGAAGAACACUAUGGUAAAUUCCUCGAGCUUUUUAAGCAACUUCAUAUAAAUUUACCAUUUGUCGAGGCACUUGCUCAAAUGCCUAAGUAUACCAAGUUUCUGAAGGAUAUCCUAUCCAACAAAAAGAAACUUGAGGAGCUUUCGCAAGUGACCUUGAAUGAAGAGUGUUCAGCGGUUUUUCAGAACAAACUACCGAAGAAGAUGAAUGAUCCUGGGAGUUUCACUAUCCCGUGUUUGAUCGGUAGUUUGUCGGUCAGCAAUGCGUUGGCUGAUCUUGGAGCUAGCAUAAACCUCAUGCCAUAUGCGGUUUUUGCUAAGCUAGACUUGGGAGAGCCCAAGCCAACUCGUAUGAGCAUUCAGCUAGCCGACCGUUCAGUGAAGUACCCUUGA